AUGAAUCCAAUGUAUUAUCUUAGUUUUACCAGUAGUCUGUUUCUUCUAGGUCUCUGGGGGAUUUUUUUAAAUCGAAAGAAUAUUAUAGUCAUGUUAAUGUCAAUUGAACUUAUGUUAUUAGCAGUUAACAGUAACUUUUUAGUAUUCUCUGUGUAUUUAGAUGACAUACUAGGACAGCUUUUCUCACUUUUUAUUCUUACAGUAGCUGCCGCAGAAUCUUCAAUAGGUUUAGCUUUACUAGUUAUCUACUAUCGUGCUCGAGGAACAGUAGCUGUAGAAUUUAUUAGCCUUCUAAAAGGAUAA